ACGCCGCUGGCUUCAAGUCUCUGGCUGCGCGGCCCGGCCUGACCCACACUAAGUCCCUACCCCGUGCCGCCUGCUUCCCUUGCCACAUGAAGAACGGCAAGCGGGGCAAGACGAAUCCCGCAACCAAGAAUACCACCCAUAAGCGAGGUGCUAUUGACAUUGUCAAAGGCCUCGAACAGAAGCGGCAGCGGCGCAAGGAAAAGUUCUAUCAGAAGUACUGCCACCGUGCGCGCAAGGGUCAGAUCCCCGAGAAGAGAGCCAAGGCCGGCGAGGGAGCUGAGAGAAUGCGGGAGCUGGCCGGGAAGAUGGGCCAGGGCAACUACGUGAUCUCGAUAUAAUCCGUCUGGAGGGACCGACUGCAUUACAUUUUCAUUGAGCCUUAUCGUCGUCGUCAUCAUCAUCAUCAUUACCAUCAUCAUCAUACCCAGGCGUAUUGGUUUUCGGUUGGUGGUCUUUUAUUGGGAGAUUUUCUUUUCUCUCGGGAAUGAGGUUGCGUGGGAUAUUAAUGACGACUGGUCAUGACAAACAAGCUUCAGAGGAACAGAGACGCCGCUGUCGCUGUCUCUGUCUACUUGUACCUAGCAUUCGUUUUCCUCUUUUCUCUCUUUUUUAUCUGUGGAGCUCAGGGGAUAUGUUAUCCGAUACCCAAUCCAGCACUUGCUUGACGUGGCUUGAGGGACGACUCCGUUCGUUGUCUGUACAUACGCACUCGGCCUCGGCGCAGCUAGGCUUUUCCAUAUAUGAAACAUAUAUGAUGACAACACACUUGUGACUAUUUA